AGUGAUUACUCGACAUCGGGUACCCCCACAUGCUGUUUUCUCUGGCUCGUUUCGUGUUAUUGUUUGGCUGCACGCAGCUUCUCUGUGCUCUGGUAGACGCGAAGCACAUCCCACGCGCGUUAGAUGAUCUUGAAGGCACUGGUUUCGGUGGUUUCAGCAGACAAGCGAGUCGCACAAAGCGGGCACUCGACAGUAUAGAAGGUGCCGGAUUUGGCUUUAGCAAAAAGAAGAGAGCGCUGGAUGAUCUCGAAGGUGCAGGAUUCGGAUUCGAUAAAAGGGUGAGGGCUUUGGAUUUGAAAAACGAUACUACCCACGUGUCACAAAGGUCCACCCAUAUUUCACUUUCUCAAAAGGUAAACUUCUGCUGCAAGGACAUUCAAAACAACUUUAACGCAGUCAUACAUAUCUUCGCAUCGACUAGUGUUCACUAUGGAGCUCGCCGUUGACAAGACCCUGGAUAACUAACGUGUCCACACAGAACCAUUGGCCAUGCAUAAAUAGUGUUAUUAUCGUUAUUGUGUUGGUUUAAGAAAAAUUAAGCGAAAAAACAACGGCGAUUUAUGUAAUCGCUAUUUAAAAUCUGUAUAGUCGACGAUUGUCAGUGAUGUCUUAUGUUCCGUGAAUAAAAAAAAUUUAAUGA